CCGCCCGCCGACGCUCGAAGGCCCAGCCACAGUGCCCGCGUCCACAUUUCUCUCCUUCUCGGCCUCCGUAGUGCGUCCUCUCGUAAAGCCUAGCGACGCGCUUAAAAGUGAUGACAUCCGAGAGCGCCGCCACCGCCGACGCCAUGAACAGUGUAGGGGAGGCUUGCACCGACAUGAAGCGUGAGUACGACCAGUGCUUCAAUCGCUGGUUUGCCGAGAAAUUCCUCAAGGGGGACUGCUCCGGGGACCCGUGCACCGACCUCUUCAAGCGCUACCAGCAGUGUGUUCAGAAAGCAAUAAAGGAGAAGGAGAUUCCUAUUGAAGGACUGGAGUUCAUGGGCCACGGCAAAGAAAAGCCUGAAAGCUCUUCUUGACCUUGACAGUCACCUUGAAAAUGGACUCCUCAAAUCAGGAAAUUGAGGACUCUGGAUCCUGUCAGUUAAAGCUGUGAAGAUAGCAUCGAUUUGAUGAAUUUAGGAGAGAGGAGUUUCCUGUCCUCCUUGAUAUUUUUCUCUCAUUUGUAAAAGAUGAUGAAAAAAAUUACUCUUUGCUUUGAAAUUUCAGGCUUUGGCAUCAGCAGGAACUCAAUGUGCUAAAUAAUGGGAUUAUGGUUGCAAUACUUGGUCUGGGAUCGGUUUUAAAUGUAUCUUGUAUGUAAAUGCUGAUAAGCUUGUCAGGAUGAUCAAGGUUGCCUGAGUUAUGCUUCGAAGGGCAUUACUUGUACACUGUACUGGGGUUACUGUUCAUGGAAGCAACUGGUUAGGAUCUCUCUUUUCUCUCACGGAGAUAAUGCUUUGGAAAGGGUUCCCAGCACAACAGUUUCGAUCAAUGCUUGGGAGCAGUUUUAUUUUUAUAUAGUAACUUAACUGUUAAGAUUGCUGAUGGACUGGGUUAGCCAAGAGGAAGAUAGCUUUUAACAGUUCCCUACCUUAAGAAGAGGUGUCAGAUCUCAUAUUAAGAGGUGAAAGCUUCAAGAACACUGUGAACACCAUUUCAGAGUUCAUGGUGUAUUUCAGCAAUUAAGAUCCUUGGAGUGGCUAUGCAGGAGGAUCCUAAAUUGCAAAGAUUUGCUGUUGCCAGCUUUCAACUUAAGUAAAUGAAUUGUCAACCUGUGUAUCAUAAAAGUGCCAAAAUGCUGCCUCUGGUUAAAUGGGGGGAGAAAAGAGUUCACUUUAUUUGCCUCCUUUACCCACCCUGCCCUGUAAUGCCUGUAAUCAUGAAGAUGGAACAAAUUGUAACAUUUAGUUUCUAUCAUUAUUUGCCCCUGAAACUCAGUGCACUUUAUGGAACUACCACCCUGUAACCCCACACAUCCCAUAUAUACACUGGGGGGAGUUUUUUAUCAUUUUAAAAUGAAGAUUUAUCUAAGCUAGGUAGUAUCGUAUAGCAAAUGGAAACCACUGAUUUCUAAAAUUUCCACAGUAAGCUACACAGAUAUCUUAAAAUGUUUAUAUAAUGGCACCCCAAAAAAGGUCAGGAUCAGGUGAGCACUUACACACUUUAGAAUGUCAUGUAGUCUCCACAAUUGCAUAUCUUGAGUAAUGUGGUUCAAUUUUUUUUAUGUGCCCAUACAGUAUGAAACUUGAUUUACAGAAGUCCUAGAUCCUAUUAUCUCUUCUCCACUUUACCAAUUAAUAACUUCAUAUUUAAUGUGACCAGUCCUUCAUGUCAUUGCAAUACAUUCUGCAUUUAUAUUUUGACAGGUUAAGGUCCAUUAUACAAAAGAUAUCUGGAACCCAGUUGAGGGAGUCCAGGCAGCAAGCUGCAGUUAAGUAUAACUGUCCUGAAAUAAGCCUGCCCACAAGCCAGUAAAACCUUAUAGGCUCUUGAAUCUUACCACGAAACUGUCUGGUUGAGCCUUGAGAAUAAAACAAAUGUUAUUAUAAUUGCUACUGAGGGAAUAAUUUUUUUCUGAUUGUUCCUCAUGCUAUUUUGACUUUAUCCUGCCCAUAAAAUGGCUCCCACUAUCUCAACUACUUAAAAGGUUUUAAAUUUUGAAGAGGAAAUCUUAAUUGCUCUUUAAUGGUGAUCUCUCCUAAUUCCUAUGGCUACAGGAAGGUUUUAAUUCCAGAAACAAAUAAAGCCAGUUCUAUAUG